AUGGAUGAAGUCACUGAUGUGCAACGGCAGCUGAGGGACUGGGUGGUGAAGGCCUACGAGCUAAGGCAUGGAGGUGGAGAGAAGCAUCCCUUUCCUUUGGAUGAUGGGGGCAGCUUCUUGGAUAUUUGUCGCCGGUGUUGGGAUGACAAGAAGGAAUUGCUCCAGGCAAGUGUGACCUUGGUGGAAAAGGUUGGCCUGAUGGCUCCGGGUUCUACUGUGGACGAUUUCCAAAAGAAAUACUGUUUGCAGGAGUGGCCACCAUCGGAGGGAUCCUUCACCGCCACGACUAUCCUUCACUGGAGCUUGGAUGAUGAUUCUUUUUGGCGGCCCCCAACCAUGGCCAUAGUCCUGGACAUCGCCAAGAGCAUCUCCCUCACAGGCUUUAAGGAGGGCGAGACACUAGCCCUACGGCUCACUGACGACAUUGACAUUAGUGAGGAUGCUGACCAGUUUGGGGUGCUGAAGAUCGAUGAUGGUGGCAUGAAAUGUCUUGCUGCUGCCCUGGUUUGGGUGGGUUUAGCAUUUGUCUUUGUGAAGGAGCCCGAGGCAGAGCUGAGAAAGCCUGGUGUUGUUGCGCUGACCUCAAGCCUGCUGAAGCUGAUGACCUUUCGCAAGCAGCAACCGAUCAAUCCUGCACAUGGAAUGAUUCAAAGGAUCAUAAAGCAGAAUGUUGAUGCGAAGAAGCUCCCCAUCAGCAGCUUUGAGUGGGCAAACAUAUUGGGAUCACUUCAAUCUGCUAAUGACAUGCAGGAGUUUGGUGUUUCAGAUGCUAUUGCUAUAUACAACGCUUCUCCUGAAGAACACGGAGGAUCCGGAACCCUGGCCAUUGACUCCAAGAAGGUUUGGGGCAUCAAGCACUGGAUGGAGAAAUCCAGUCAACAAGCACAUGCAGUAGUUCACAAGACCCUGCUGGACUACCCAUUCCAGUAUGGGCCGUAUGGAGAGGCCUUCUCCUUGACGCCGCAGAUGUUUCUCGGAAGCCAGGCUGAGGAGACGGUCGCCAAUCCUCAGGCCUCAUUGGCCCCUCUGUCCGGCGAAGCCAACAUCAGCAUAGACUGGGCCCUGCCCUUGGAUGGAAACUCUCAAGCAUGGCUUCUCUCCAGGGUCCACCUGGCAUUCCAAAAGGCGACGGCGAUCGUCGAUGACAUCAAGGAGAAAAAGCGUUACCGAGCAAAGGCUGAGGACCUUCUUCAACUUCGGGACUUGAUGGCUUUCUGGAGCCAGGUCAGAAGCUUUCUGUCCAGCAGACUUCAAGACUUCGAUGAGUUCGAGCGCAAGCUCAUGACCAGCAGUGUGCUUGAUGGCCAGUUCAGUGACAUCUUGGAACAAAGGCCAAAGGCCUUCAGCCUGUCUAUGCUGCCAUCAGCACGUGACGCUGCAGCAAAGGAGACGCGAGCUUGCGAGGAAAUUGCAAGUGUAGAGGCAGACGGGCAGCGGCUGGAAGUGCGGUCGGCACGAUGGAACUAUUUUCAGCAAGCGCUGGAUCGGGACCAACGCCAAUUGAAGUUGGUGAUUGAAGCCCCAGCCAAGCUGGAUUCUCUCCGUCACCGCCGGGAGAUGGCCUGGAGAGCAGAGCAAGCGAAAGUGGGCGAGAAGUUGGUCUUGGCGUACUGCGAGAAGUUCCUCAAGACCAUCCAGAUCAAGAAGAUGGAGCAUCUGCACGAGCAUGUGCAUCAGCACCGGGAGUUUAUCGCGAGUGCUCAUGGAAUCAAACCCAGUGACAUCUACACGAUCACAUUGGUGGACUUGAACGUGCCUUACUCCAAUUCCAAGGAGAGGAUGGAUGAGAUAAUGACCGCAGUGUCUUUCAUCAACGACAUUAGCCCGACACGCACCGUGGCAUUGGUAGAGCUCCCUGACAUGCCCAAGAAAACCUCGAAGAGAGGCCUCGCGGACGAGGAAGCUGAAGUCCAAAACACGCUCUGGGGCUUGAGGCAGCAUUGCGAUUGCAGGUGGUUUAUGCCAUUGGAUAUCCAAGCCCAGGCUGAUGGUCACAGUGCUAGAAGGAGAUAUUGCUCUGGUCGCUUGGUUUGCAAUCAUGAUGCGGAGGCUGAGAAUGUCUUCAUCAACAGUGCUGAGCUUGCUGUGGUUCUGCAGCACCGGCUACACAAGGCUUCGUUUGGUGGAUGGAGUGCUGAGAAUAUGCACUACUUGUCUGUGUCGUGGAUCGGCAAGGACACUUUCUCCUUCGGCCAGAGCCGCCUGGUGCGCGAGGUGCUCAAUGCAUGGAUGAAGGGGACCUUGGAAGUCGGCCCAAGCCAAAAAUUUCUCACAACGCCGCCACCUUUGGCGCAGAAGGACAUAGAAAGCAUCCCUGGGGCCCUUGCGGCCACGACAUCACUCGAUGCCAUGAAGUGGGAGGUCUUGGAACGGCGUGGAGAUCAAUGGCACAUCAAGGAAGAUGAGUCCCGCUACUGGGAAGCGCAGGGGGGAGAGAUCACCCAGAGUUUCCAGGCAUUGAAGAGCCAGCACAGCCAACUGCUUGGAAAGCUGUCAGGACAGCAAGCCACUGGUGAGUCUCACGAUGGUGGCUCUGCACCUGCUGAGGAGCAAUCAGAGACACCGUCCUUGGACAAGCUGGAUUCCAUGGAGGCUCUCAAGAGUCAGCAGGAGGUUGAAGCUGAUGUGGCUUCAGAGAUCCAAGGUGUUCGCAUCAUCUUGACCAAGAGUGGACAGAUCUGGCUUGUCUGUGAGAAAGACAAGCAUCUUCCCAAGAACUCUCAGCUUGGCGGCUUUGGGACAGGCCAAUACUCCAAGAUUUCUGACCCAGGGACAGGCCCAGCCUACACCUUCCCAUUGAAAGACCGGACAAUCGUCCAGCUGGACGAGACCUCUCUGCGCGAAUCAUGCCCCACCAACUCGGUGCUUACCAUGUCCUUGUACAAGCUCAUCGUCACCAUCGAGCGGGAGAAGAGUGCACCAGAUGUGAAGCUCUCUUACAUGACCGCAGUCCGGAAGACAGAUGAUACUGUCGAGGCGGGUUCAGACGCCUUUGAACUCACCAUCACCCAGGACAUGCGAUUCAAAUGCAUUGAGGACAGCAGAGCUUCAGCCAAGACAACUUGCAAGAAUGUUUUCAGCAAGUGUGUUCAGGCUUGUGAAUCCAGCACCGUCAUCGGCACCUGCUUUCGCUUUCGGUAUGAGAAGGUAGGCAUGAGCCUGAAAGCAGUGAAGCCAUAUGUCAUUUGCAAGUCAGCGGUGCAGCUUUCUGGCAAUAAGCCUGUGAAAGUAGCUGGCUGA